CACAGGAAGAGAGAAGAAGACACAGUUUGUAGCUGCCAGUUAAAGAUCUGAACUGAUAGUCUGAAUGUUUUUGAACUAUAUUCACCAUUUGGCUCCACCGCAGAGCAUCGUGCAACGUUCAUUGUUUGUGGCGUGAAGUGUGAUGCGGCUGUCAGUCAAAAGGUCAGUUGUGCUCCUGCUUAUUCUCUUCGGAGCUUGUACGCUUUCUACUCUCUAUCAAGUGCUAACAUGCCCUGGAAAGGUUCCCAGAGCUCAUAUGGUGUCUAUACUGGUUCGAAACUUGAACCAGACACAGUACCGGUAUAACCAUAACACGCCCAUAGUGUUUGUGGGUGGCGUUCCACGAUCAGGGACCACCUUGAUGCGUGCCAUGCUAGAUGCCCACCCUGACAUCCGCUGCGGGGAGGAGACGCGGGUGAUCCCCAGGAUACUGUCUCUGCGACACGGCUGGGGGAGGCAGAAGGAGGAGCGCUGGGCUCUGGAGGACGAGGGAGUCAGUCAAGAGAUGCUGGACGCUGCGACUACAGCGUUCCUGCUGGAGGUCAUCGCACGGCAUGGAGAACCUGCACCACUGCUGUGCAAUAAAGACCCCUUUACACUGAAGAGUGCUGUUUAUCUGUCACACAUUUUCCCCAACUCUAAAUUCCUGCUAAUGCUCAGAGACGGCCGGGCGUCUGUGCACUCUAUGAUCUCCAGACGAGUGACUAUCUCUGGCUUCAACCUGUCCAGCUACAGGAACUGUCUGACUAAAUGGAGCAAUGCAAUCGAAGUCAUGCUCUCCCAGUGUAUGGUGGUCGGCCGGAGUCGCUGUAUGACUGUCCGCUAUGAGGAUCUGGUGCUGCAGCCAAGAGCCACCAUGCAGCGUGUGCUACGCUUUCUGAGCUCACCUUGGCAUGAAGGAGUGCUUCAUCAUGAAGAGGCCAUCGGGCAGCCAGGAGGGGUAUCACUGUCUCGAACCGAACGCUCCACGGAUCAAGUGAUCAAACCAGUUAACCUGGAAGCACUCACACGCUGGGUAGGCCACAUCCCAGCAGAUGUCCAGCAGGACAUGGACAGGAUUGCACCAAUGCUGAGCAGGCUGGGCUACAACCCCAAUGCCAAUCCACCAGAUUAUGGUCAACCAGAUCCGGAAGUGAUCAACAAUACUCAAAGGGUACUGCAAGGAGAUUUUAAAACUCCCACGAGCCUGAAAAGAUGGGCACAAGUAUCUCCAAAGUCAGUUUCUAAAGGAGGCAGAAACUGAAGAGAAACCUACAUUGAUUGCAGUAUGUGCUUGUGUUCAGCUUUGGAUAAUUCACUACCAUUUUGUGCCAUACACCGUGAAGAGCUUUCACAAGAUACUGCAACCUAAAUAGGAAAUAAUAAGAAGCAUUGUUUUUAUGCAAUAGCAGUGGUUACAUGUGGUCUGAUUUUGACAUUGCCAUAGUCUAUUAUAAUAAUUAGGCAACUUA